CGCAAGCUCGGCUGAGCGCUUCGCGGAUCCUGCUCAUCAGGGAUCUCUACAAUAAUGGCAAUUGACAGUGACAUUUUCCAAUGAAAAGAAAAAUCAUACAACAAGACGAAGAAAAAAAAAUUCUCCCUUCGCUGAAUAAAUGUUCAAACGGUAUGAGUGAAGCGAAAUGUGGUCUCGCGAAUUCGCCGUAUAUAAUAUACAUUGACCUCUUUCGGAAGUGUGAAUCACACACGAAAGAUAGAGCGAGAUAGAAAGAACGACAUUUACACAUGUCUACAUAUCUGCCUACCUACAAGCGUAUUCGGUACACUUUCCCCCAGCUUUGCUGUUGAUUUAAUAACGAAUUUAACUGUGAUAACAACUGUGACAUGCGAAUAGUCCGUUGAAUCGUAAAUUGUGGCUGUUUUCUCGACGAAUCUCAAUAAAGAAUCUGCGAACCCGUCGUUUCAAGCGGUAUAAAGACUUCCAAAAAAUAACAAAAUAAAAGAACGAAAACAACAUUGAAAAAAAAAAUACAAGUUCAUUUGUAUAUGUUUAAAUCGUGAAUCUCUGUUUUAUAUCAUCGAAAUAUAUAUAACCGUCGGUCACUAAUUUAUAUGAAUCCGUCAUGUCUAUAAAUUCUCGUAAAUAACGUUGAAUCUGAUCAAUCGGAUUCUCACAAAUGACCAGCAAAUAUUGUUGACAAAAAAUUCCAUUGUCGUUAGUUUUCCCUUUUUUUACUUCCAAAAAGUUUGGGCGCUGAAAGUGUCCAUAAAUACUUUCAAUGUAUGUGAUUUGAUCGUGCGUUAAAAAAAAAUAAAAAUAAAAAGAAAUAGAAAUGGUAGCAGCUGGAGCAGCUGCGUUAAUGGCAGCCAGCGAAAGCGGCUCUUCCAAAGGCAACGACGGUGUUACUUCUCAGUACGACCCCCAAAAUGCUCAACGAACUUCUGACAAUCAGGGCAAAAGAACACUCAAAGUGGAGAAGAAAAAUAGCUUCAGAAAUCCUGUAAGCAGUAAAACUACUUCAAUCAGAGAGACCAAAGCUUCUAGGCUACGUGCAGCAUCCAUUGUCUCUCCGACAGAACCAACUGCCCGAAAAUCUGUUGGUAUGGAUAAUUUAUCUUCUGGUCUUUACGCAACUACGAGCUCUGUUCGAAAACCAAAAAGUCCAAUGUCGUCGUCCAGUAGAGUACCGACGUGCGCCACGAGGGAAAGAGAUAAGACUGCUGCGAAGCGCGCUUCGGUCUCGAUAAAAUCGCCGGAAGCGGAGGAAAAACGGUCCGAGCCUACGAGCUGUUCAGAUGAUCGAUGCGAGCGAACGCGAAUUCGAAGGGCAAACAAUGUUAAACAAUCAACGUUUAAUAAAAAUGAACGUUCGAACGAUUGCCACGAUACACUCGGGGUUUCACGACGAUCUGAAACUCAACAACAAAGUACAAGUCUUGCCACGACCUCUCGUGCAUCGUCCGCUAUCGCUUCUUCCUUCGGCAUGAAAUUACGCUCCAGCACGCAGCGUACUAGCAACGCAAUUGUCGGGCACGAUAAUUCCGAGGUUUUGAGGAGGGUUGAUGCACUGACGGCACUCACAAGGGCGACUAUGGAGCGCGUUGAAAGACUGACAUCGAAUUCGAACACCGCAGUAAACGGGAAAUCUCGUGGGACGGAUCAACAUUCGAGCUUCUCAUCGAUCUCGACGACGUCAAAAAACUCAACGAGAAAAUCAUCGAAGCUUGGGGAUUCUCAGAACUCUAGAUGUUCCCGAAUUUCGGCCUCUUCCGUGACGUCGAAUACCAAUGGAAAAAAUGGCACGAACGCAGGAGAUGAGGAAAACUGCACGGAGACGGGCGCCACUGCUCGACAACGCAUUCGCCAAGCACCGAUUUCCAUUCUAAAACACAAGAUAACGGAUAGUGCGGAUGUUCCUUCGUCCUCGUCGGGUAAUUGCAACUAUAAACAAUUGUCCCUCCAAACGGACAAUAGCGGUGAAUCUUCAUUGAUCGAGCAGCUGAAUAAAAGGCAUGGAAUACUUAAGAAACGGAGCAGCCUCGAUGACAACGAGAUUCUUCGUCGCAGACGCAGCUGCUCACCGGACACCGUUUCUCCAGAGGUCAACGGCGCCGAAUUCAAGCCCAUUCUCAAGUACGAGAGACGUUCCUCCCUCGACGAACUCGUGAAAAGAUCUGGCAGCCCAGAGCCCCAUCAAAAUUACUAUCAUUUUCCUCAACAUCAGCCACACCAUCCACCUUCAAUAUUGAAGAGAAAAUCUCUGGGCGAGGAGGAUCGCGACGACGGUCAAACGUGCGCUUCCGAACCGACGAGUAUCCUCAAAAGAUCGUCCGGCAGCAGUAGCAAAAACACCGGGGUCGGUCAUCACGUCAGUAUCGCGGCCGCCGUCGCGAAAACCCUUGGCUGUUUAACUUCCGACAUUCAACCGAACCUCAAUUCGGAAGUGCGACCGAUAUUGAAGAAGAAGUUCAGUCGCGAAGAGUCUUCCUCCAGCGAUCCACCGUCGCUGGAACCAAGGCCGAUUCUCAAGAAAAAAUCGAGCACCGACAGCGACGAACACGACGAAAGACCGAAAACGAUACUAAAAAGUUCGCGAAAAAGUUCACAGGAGGACUCCGGCAACGAGAUUGACUCUGCCUCCCCGAAGAAAUUGUCCAUGCUGAAGAACCGCGCUAUACAACGUCGCACCAACAGUCUACCGGAAUGCGACGUCGUCAGACCGAUCCUAAAACAAUCAUCGUCCCGCGAAAGCUCCUCACCUUCGCGAUCCAGCUUGUCUGGAAACUCUGGCGAUUCCCCAAAUUUCGUAACCAAGGAUCUUUUUUUACGUAAACGCGCACGUUCCGUCGGUCAUAUGCAAUCGAACUUUAACGAAGAUUGGCUACCACCUGAUUCUCAUACCAGACGGGACAGAGCCUCCUUCUUACAGAUUCAAAUCGAUUCAGAUCACUCGCCAAAUUUCAUCUCGUCACGUUCUAACGAAUCUACCAAUUCCACCACUACCACCACUGCUACCACUACUACCACUACCACUACUACUACUACUACCACUACUACUGCUACGUCACCAAUCGCACCAAUUGUCUCAUUCAAGUUGCCCAGUAGAUACGAGAUGAACAGUCGAUACGAUUUGGACGACGAAGAUGGUAAUUCGAACACGGACGAAGGAGCCGUUCCCAGCUGUCUUUCAGUUCGUUAUAAUUUUGAGAAACGAUCUGACAAAGGAGACGAAGAGGAAGAGGAGGAGGAGGAGGAGGAGGAGGAGGAGAGAGUUCGCUCGACGUCGAGGCAAAGUUGCACUCGUCGACGCGACCGAUGGAACGCACGAGGAGUGAGCUCGGACACGGUGCUCUCACAAAAUUCUCGUUACACAUCGUUGGGCACCAAGGACGACAAGAAAAGUACUGUUGCGAGUGAAGGAGGUGAAGACAUUUCUGACGAGAAUCAAAGCAUUGUAGAUUUAACGAUUGAAAACGGUUCGAAAGUAUCGAAACUAGCUCAACGCUUCAAAAUAUUGGAAGAACAAACGAAAUUGAAGGAGAGUCGAGUCGAUCGAAAAGGCAAAUGUGGGCGAGAUUUAAAGGAUCAGCAGAGAUACGACAGAUUCAAUACUCAGCCGGUCACGUAUGAGGAAGUGAGAGAAGCUGUGUUGCAAAAUCAGCGGAAAGCUGCGAGCAAUGAUUUCCAUUCGAUCCUUUAUUCCCAGGAGGAUUGUGCAGCAGAAGAAACAAGAGGUAGCGACGUCGAGCCUUCGAAAUUGAGUUUGAGGGAUCGUGUGAGGUUGUUCAAUCGGCGAAUCGCUACCGAAAGCAUAGCCAAAAUCAGCGGUUCUGCGCCGCGUCGGCGUCCAGCCAAUCGUUACAAAACACAACCGGUCACUUCCGAAGAAGUCGAAGUAGCAUCGAGAAUAUUUCCUUCCGAUAAACUCGAACGAAGGAUCACCGACGAAUCCGAUUCCGGCGAAAUUACUUGUCGAGAUGAGAGGCCGACGAUCACGAGUGCCAAACAGUCGCAGCACCCGGUCCAUGCCACACCGCCACGAAGUAUUUUAAAGUAUUCGACGACGUCACAAACUGCCAACGAGAAUCGUUUGCUCCAAGCACGUGAUUCUCGCAAGGAGACUGAUUCAGCCGGUAUUAUUGACGAAGCGUAUCUCCUCAGUAGCGAGCACAAGUUCACGAGGAAAGAAUUCAUAACCAAAAGACUGCAACGACGUAAACGUACCGGUGAAUCUGAUUCUGCUUGCAAAGAAAGUGAGAUGUUGUUCGACGGGGAUAUUAAAGACGAUUCGAAGCCUCAUUCAAAUUACCCGGGGCUUCAUGACCCUAUUAACGAAGCAGUGCCUUCCUCGUUUGAUAAUAUCAUGCUACACGAUAACACAGACAACAUCGAGAUAAACUGCGGCUAUGAUACAGCCGAUUACGUCGAAGCGACGAAUACAAAUCUCCUUAUGAAACACCGCGCGAGAGAACGUGCAAACCCCCUCGACAAAACCCACUCCGAUUCUCUUUCUGAUAACAUAUCAUUCGGUAGGAAAGAUAAAUACGUUACGGAGGUGCAGCAGGUUGAUUUUCCUAGUAUAAGCAUCGCUGAUAGAUUAGCCGCUCUUCAGCGCAGCGGCACCACCGAUUGGAAGCGUCGCGUCAAUACCGAAACUGUAAUGGUGUCUACGAGCGUCGUCAAAUUCACUAACAACAAUGACAUCAGAGAAACGACCACGAGUCAAGCAGAAAAAGAAGAAUUUGCAACGAAACAACGAAAACUCGCGGAGCGCUUAGAAAAAUUAGAAUCUGCUGCCGAAGGAUGGCGGAAACGCGUCGCAGUACCGGAUGCCGUGAAAUUCUCCGUGGCUGGAAAAAUGCGAGUGGAACAAGUCGAUAAUUCUGACCAAUUAUCUCCGCUCAUCGAAGUCGCGACAAAUAGUGCUAAUGACGGGAAAAAGAAAAUUCCACGCCCUGAGCGCUUCAAGAGUUGUAAAAUCAUAAAAGCAACUAGGAAUGGUGCGAAUAAUGGUGCAAGGGGAGUUGCAAUACGGGAGGGAUCGUCGGGAUCGGUUAGCGAAGAAAGCGAGGAUGAGACAAAAUUGAUGCGUCAGCCAGCUACGGUAUUGUCGGUACCGAGAGCCGAUGACGAAACCUUCACGAGCUUUUAUAGCAACAUUUCUUUCGCUAAAUGCGAGGCCGAAACUCUUGAUUUCGAGGAGAGUGACUUUGACGUCGUAAUCUCAUUUUCGGAACGGCUUGGUUCGAGACGCACGGUGCAGCCUCAACGACGACGGUUACCGUCGAAAAAUCCACUACGAAUUUUGGCUGCCCGUACCGACCUCAAGGACGAGUAUACCGAAGUUACGACCGGAGUAGCUGAGAGAGUCAUGAGAACUUUGAAUGUGGAAAAACUUGCAAAAAAAUCAUCACUCGCCGUAGAGGCCUUGGCGGGUCUCGCUUCAACGGAAGAUUUCGGUGCUGUUACAUUGAAAAAUGUCGACGUGGACGCAAUGGGAUAUGGCAAUAAACUACCCCCGCAUAAAGAUGUGAUGUUAAUUCUCGUCAAGGGUCGACGACACGUUCAGAUUCGUUUAGUCGAACCCAUCGUUGCUAGUAUAAAUUCGGGUGAUAAUUUUAUCUUGGUUACGAAAAAUGAGCUGUACAAUUACAUUGGGAAAUACAGUAAUGUAAUUGAGAGAGCGAGAGGAGCGGAAAUAGCUUUGAGUAUUCAACAAAAUCGGGAUCUUGGUUGUCGUGCUAAUCAAGUGAUAACAAUAAGCGAAGAAAAACCUACGUGCACGAGCACUCAGACUGCCAAUUUUUGGAAAAUCCUUGGAUCUGAUUCGUCUCACCGAGCUGAAGCAGUAAUUGAUGCUGGACAUCCCGACGAGGAUGAACUCUACGAAUCUGCUCUCUUGGAUACGAAUAUGGUUUACGAAGUCGUGGGUGAAGAUGAACUUUUACCACUAGACAAAUAUUGGGGUGCUAUGCCAAAGAUAGAAAUGCUUGAUCCUAGCAAGAUUCUAGUCUUCGAUUUCGGAAGCGAGAUGUACAUCUGGAAUGGAAAAAUAGCUUCGUCAGAAAAAAGAAAAGUAGCGACACAAUUGGCGGAAGAACUUUGGCAUGAGGGCUACGAUUAUUCCGAGUGUACGGUUUCGCCGAUAAAUGCUGCGUCGAUCAUAGGACGACGCACGAAAAUGGAGGAAAAUCUAAAAAAGGCUCCGUCGAGGCCGGAAUGGUGUUUAUUAGGAAAACUUACACAACACAUGGAGACUGUAUUGUUUCGGGAAAAAUUUCUUGACUGGCCGAACGUUUCCGGCAUAAUAAAGGUCAAGGAUAAAUCGGAGGAGAAAGAACAAGUUGACGGGAAAAUCGUUGUCGAACCGCCCAAUGUCGAUGUAAUGAUUGAUUUCAAGUGCCCCAUUGUCGAUCUUAUACUCGAAGGAAGUCAUUUGGGUCGGGGUAAAGGAUGGUACGACGAUGAGUUAAUGAGGCAAUUCGUCGUGGAGACGACCAACGUCACCGUUUGGCACAUCGACGAAUUUUCUUACUCCCUCCUUUCCGGUUCUUCAGUUGGGCAGUUUUAUACAGGCGACAGUUACAUCGUCCGAUGGAUGUACACGGUCACGAUUACCGGUCGAGGUCUUAGUGGCGAACCAUCGAAACACGCUUCGAAAGGAAGAGAUCGUUGUGCUUACUUUAUUUGGCAAGGACGAAAAGCGUCCUUGAACGAACAAGGUACCGCGGCCUUGCUCACUGUCGAAUUGGAUCAAGAACAAGGCCCGCAAGUUCGUGUACCUGAGGGCUUUGAACCAGCUGCGUUUUUGAAUCUCUUCUCUGGAAGUAUGGUCGUAAACAACGGAAAAAAGAUGAACAAUCAUGCCAAGAAAAAAUGGCGAAUGUACAUUUGUCGCGGGGACGAAGAAACCGAAACUUUUCUUACCGAAGUUCCUUGCAGCACCCGACAAUUACGAAGUCGUGGCUCUCUCAUUUUAAUCAAUACAACGAAUGGAAAUAUUUAUGUUUGGCAUGGACGUGCUGCUCUUCCUCGUCUCAAAUACAACGCUCUCAAAGCUGCCAAUCUCUUGAAGAAAAAUCGACCCGAAGAAGUUGGAUUGAACAAUCGCAUGGACGUGACGAUCUACGAAACAAACGAGUCGGACGAAGAACCGGCUGCGUUUUUCGAAGCGCUCGGAGGCAUGAAUAAACAACUGUACGUUCCUCUGGCUGGAAAACCUGAAUUGAAUCACACUCCGAGAUUGUUUCAUCUCAGCAGCGUUUCUGGGGAAUUCGCUGCAAGCGAGUUGUUGUGUCCUCAUCGAUCAGAGAUCGUCACACCUUUUCCGUUCCUACAGGAUGAACUCUACCAAGUGAAUCAGCCAGCUCUCUUUUUACUCGAUAACAAGGAUGAGCUCUGGCUUUGGCAAGGUUGGUGGCCGGACAACGGGUCCGAGGAUCAAACUGGUAGCGGUGCUGUCAGAUGGCAGGCUGAAAGAAGAGCCGCUAUGAUAGCUGCUAUGAGAUAUUGGGAAAAACUGCAUCCCGAAAGUGAUGAUUGUCCAGUUUAUUUAGUUUGGGCUGGCCUGGAGCCACUCAACUUCACCAAUUUGUUUCCCACUUGGAAUUAUCGCGAUGAAAUCGCUGAACUCAAUAUUCGGGAUGGUCGUGAUUCUGGUGAAGUGUUGACAGUCGAGGGCGAGCUGGCUCGUUUAACGCAGAGCACUUAUCCCAUAGCUCAAUUGCUUCAACGACCAUUGCCUGACGGAGUCGAUCCAACGAUCCUUGAAAAAUAUUUGUCACCACAGCACUUUGAGGAAUUGCUUGGAAUGAAUAUCGAAGAGUUCGAAAAACUUCCGGCCUGGAAGCAGAUCAAUGUGAAGAAAAAAAUUGGACUUUUCUGAUAAAUGUCGUGAGCAGUUCAUCGAGCUGCUGCUAAAAUACGCCUGUCUUCAAAUUCGAAAGAUGAAUUAUAUACGAAACGCAUGAAAGAACAACAAGCAAACAAAAACCAACCAGAACAAAAAUGAAACAUUUUUUUAAUUGUAUUUUAGGAACCGUCUAUUUCUAAACUGUCAACUAUGUGCUACGGGAACGAAAAUCCGGACAAAAAAAAACUAAAAAGCACGCCUAACCUUUUGCCUACUGAUCGAAGACAAUUGAACCCUCAAUUCACAUUUUCUUCGAAAUUACUAAAAAAAUAACAAUGAAGAAAAAGACGAGUUACUAUUCCAAAAGUAUGAAUAUACAUCUAUACUUAUAUUUUUAAUACACGCAAAUUAUAAAUUGGCUUGUGAAUAUUUCAUUUAUAUUUGUACGGGUUUUAUAUAUUUAUCAAUAAUAAAUGUGUACUAUAGACAGUUAA